UCUACAACACUCUGGUCGUUGUGGGAUCUCACGGCAGAGAAAGAGACCGGGAAAGAGGUGCCGAAAUCCAGUGUUAACUCCAACCUAGCCCCGCCCGUGUUCCCGUGAUCCGCCCCUAUCUGGUCCCAAGACUCUCGCGAGUCUAACGCCACCCUCGGUUGGCCCGUCCAACGCCGCAUCUGAGCCGCAUCCGACCGUGAUCUGAAGUCCGUCGGCGGCGUCUGUGUUUUUCCCGACUGCCCCCGGCCGAUUGAGCGGCCGAAAUGGCCUCGUCAGAUCCUGAGGAUCAAGAUUCAAUCAACGGAGACAACGCCAAUGAGGACGAGUUGGAGGACAAAAAGAUGGGCGAAGAUGAGGUCGACGAAGAUGAUUCCGACUUUGAGGCUUCCGGCAAGCGAAAGAAGCGAGGUAAGAAACGCAAGGCCAAGGAUACCAAAAAGGCCAGUAAGAAGAAGAAGAAACGCAAGGCCGAGAGUGAUUUGUCCGAACCCGAAUUCCAACCCGAAGAGGAGGACUACACGCCCAAGCAACGCGGGCGCAAGUCCAAGAAGGAGGUCGCUCCAAUUGUCACCCCUGUAGCCACGCCCUCCGCGGAUGAUAAGCCUUCCGUGGCCGAGGUGUGCGACAACUUCGGUUUGAAUGAUGUCGAUCUAGAAUAUACCGACGCCGAUUAUCAGAACCUCACCACUUACAAGUUGUUCCAGUCCACGUACAAGCAGCGCAUUCAAGCGGCUAAUCCCAAAAUCCCACAGCCCAAAUUGAUGAUGCUCGUGGCGGCCAAAUUCCGUGAGUUCGAAGCGGGAAAUCCGGACAAGUCUGAGAACCCGUCGGCCACGCCCUCCGUAAUUGAGGACGAGGAAGAGGAGGAUGACAAACCUCGCCGCGGAGGCCGUUCGCGAGGCCGAGUGAAGAAGCUCAUCGAAGACGAGAUGUAUGAUUUCGACGAUGAAGAGGACGAUUCUCGGAGCCGUCGCAAGUCCAAAGGGGCAUCGGCCACCGUGACCAGCGCCACUAAGAGCAAGAAAAGCAAGGCGGCCACGCCCUCUAGUUCGACUAGUUCGGCCAAAAAGGGCAAAGUGCCGACUCUCAAAAUUAAGUUGGGCGGUCGAGGUGGGAAACGAAAAGGCGGAAGCUCCGACGAAGAGGAAGAGACCGCCAAAGAUUCAGAUGCUGAAUUUGAAGAGAUGCUCAAGGAAGCGGAGGAAGCUUCCAGUGACUCGGGUGCCCCGCAAGUGGUCAAGAAUGGUAAACCCAAGAAAGCCAAGAUGAAGGUGGGCACCAAGAACAAGAAGAAGUCCAAGAAGAAGAAGAACUUUGCCAACGACGAGAGUGAACAUCAAGAGUACUGCGAAGUGUGUCAGCAGGGCGGAGAGAUCAUUCUCUGUGACACCUGUCCCCGAGCUUAUCACUUGUGUUGUCUCGAUCCUGAAUUGGACGAGGCCCCCGAAGGCAAGUGGUCAUGUCCACAUUGCGAAGUGAACGGGCCCGAGAAUGUGGAAAUCGACGAAGACGACGAGCACAUGGAGUAUUGUCGAGUGUGCAAGGAAGGGGGAGAUCUCUUGUGUUGCGAUUCUUGUCCAUCCGCCUACCAUUUGAAAUGCUGCGAUCCGCCCCUCGACGAUAUUCCCAAUGGGGAAUGGACCUGCCCUCGAUGCGCGUGCGAGCCUCUACCCGGCAAAGUGGAGAAGAUCCUUACUUGGCGGUGGAAGGAAGAGGACGAAGAUGAGAAGAAGAAGCGAGAAGAACAGGAGCCUGAGCCGAUUGCAGGCUCUUCGAAGAUGAUCACUCCCCACACUUUGCCCAAAGUGGAGCGUGAGUUCUUCAUCAAGUGGAAGGACCAGUCGUUUUGGCAUUGCUCUUGGAUCAAGGAGAUUCAGCUCGACGUCUUCCACCCCCAGACUUACAAGAUGUAUUUGCGCAAAAACGAUAUGGACGAUCCGCCUCGUUUCGACGAAGACGGCGAGGACUCCGGGAUGUCCAAGCGACUCAAGCACCACAAGAAGGACGAUCCUCUACAGCUCAACGAGAGAUUCUUCAAGUAUGGUAUUCGCCCGGAAUGGCUCCAGAUCCAUCACGUGGCCAACAAGCGAACCAACCGGGACGGGUCGGUACAGUACUUCGUGAAAUGGAGGGACUUGCCUUACCAAGACUGCUCUUGGGAAGACGAGGAUAUGGAGAUCCCGGACUUCCAGACCUACAUCCAACACUUUGAGGACUUGCGUUACGUGUGCGGAGUGGAAAGUGGUCGCAAAAAGAAAAAGAAGAAGAAGGGCGAAGACGACGAGGUGGAUCGGGUUCGCCGCUACAAUCCGCCGCCAGAUAAACCCGCGUGCGAUCUGGACGUGCCCUACACAGAGCAGCCACGCCACUGGCUCUCCGAAGGCUUGAGUUUGCAUCCCUAUCAAUUGGAAGGUAUCAGUUGGGCCCGCAAUAGCUGGAACCACGAGACCGACAUCAUUUUGGCCGAUGAGAUGGGCUUGGGCAAGACCAUUCAAACCAUCACCUUCCUGUACUCUUUGUACAAAGAGGGUCAUUGCCGAGGACCUUUCCUGAUCUCGGUCCCCCUAUCGACUCUGAUCAAUUGGGAGCGUGAAUUGGAGCUCUGGGCGCCCGAAUUCUAUGUGGUUUCCUAUGUGGGUGACAAGGAUUCGAGAGCCGUUAUUCGAGAGCAUGAAUUGUCCUUUGAGGACAACGCCGUGCGCAAGAGCGACAAAGCGAGCCGUAUCCGCGCUUCCACCGUCAAAUUCCACGUGCUCCUCACCUCCUACGAGCUGAUCUCCAUCGAUUCGGCCUGCUUGGGCUCGGUGAAUUGGGAGAUCCUCGUGGUGGACGAGGCCCAUCGGUUGAAGAACUCGAGCUCGAAGUUUUUCCGAUUCCUCUCGAACUAUAGCAUCAACUACAAGAUGCUGCUGACGGGUACGCCGUUGCAGAACAACCUGGAGGAGCUCUUCUAUCUCCUCAACUUCUUGACCCCUUCCAAGUUCAACAAUUUGGAGGAGUUCCAGUCCAACUUCGAUAACAUCGCCAAGGAGGAGCAAGUCCACAAGUUGCAUCAGUUGUUGGGACCUCACAUGUUGCGUCGAAUGAAGGCGGACGUGCUGAAAAAUAUGCCCUCCAAAUCCGAGUUCAUCGUGCGGACCAACUUGGCGCCCAUGCAAAAGAAGUUCUACAAGAACAUCCUCACCCACAACUUCGAGGCCUUGCGUGCUCGAAGUGGAGCGCAGACCUCUCUGCUCAAUGUCAUGAUGGAGCUGAAGAAGGUGGCUAAUCAUCCGUACCUGAUGUCGGCCGCGGCCGAGGAGGCCCCCAUAGCGCCCAAUGGACUCUUCGAGGUCAAGGCCAUGACCCAGGCCUGUGGUAAACUCCAACUGCUCUCCAAGAUGAUGAGACGCCUCAAGGAGACGGGCCAUCGUGUGCUCAUUUUCUCUCAAAUGACCAAAAUGUUGGAUCUGCUGGAAGACUUCUUGGAUGGCGAAGGCUACAAAUACGAGCGUAUCGAUGGAGGGAUCACGGGUACCCUCCGCCAAGACGCCAUUGAUCGUUUCAACGCCCCUGGAGCCGAACAAUUCGCCUUCCUGCUCUCUACGCGAGCCGGAGGCUUGGGCAUCAAUUUGUACACGGCCGACACGGUGUUUAUCUACGACUCAGAUUGGAAUCCCCACAAUGAUAUCCAAGCCUUGUCUCGGGCCCACAGAAUCGGUCAGAAAAACAAGGUCAUGAUCUACCGCUUCGUAACACGAAACACCGUCGAGGAGCGAGUGACGCAAGUGGCCAAGAAGAAGAUGAUGUUGACCCAUUUGGUGGUCCAGCCCGGUAUGAACGGGACCAAGGCCAAUCUGUCCAAAAAGGAAAUCGACGACAUUCUCAAGUUCGGAACAGAGGAGCUCUUCAAAGAAGACGGCGACGAAGAGGGCGAGUCGAAGAACGAUAUCGUGUACGAUGACAAAACCGUGGAAGCUCUCCUGGAUCGAUCUCAAGAAGGAGUGGAGGAGAAGGAGUCGUGGGCCAACGAGUAUCUCGAUUCGUUCAAGGUGGCCCAAUAUCAGACCAAAGAACAGGGCCAAGAAGAGGAAGUCGAAGUCCUCAAAGAGGAAGCCGAAAACACCGAUCCGGCUUAUUGGGAAAAACUUUUGCGCCAUCACUACGAGCAGCAUCAGGAGGAUGUCACUCGAUCCAUGGGCAAGGGCAAACGUAUCCGAAAGCAGGUCAACUAUGGUGACGGCGAAUUGGCCGCUCGAGAUGACAACUCCUGGCAAGACAACGUGUCCGAAUACAACUCGGACUUUUCCAUGCCCUCAGACGAUGACGGCGGGGAUGAUGACUUUGACAAUAAUCAGGAUCCCGAGAGUCUUCGACGGCGCGGCAUGCGAGGAAAUCAUCGCGAAAAGGACCGACCCCUCCCACCUCUACUGGCUCGUGUGGGCGGAAACAUCGAAGUCUUAGGCUUCAACGCCCGUCAACGGAAGUCGUUCUUGAACGCCAUCAUGCGUUACGGCAUGCCCCCUCAAGACGCUUUCAACUCCCAAUGGCUAGUCCGAGAUCUCCGAGGCAAGAGCGAGAAAUGCUUACGCGCCUAUGUGAGUUUGUUCAUGAGACAUCUGUGCGAGCCCGGGAAUGAACAAUCCGAGACUUUCGCCGAUGGAGUGCCCAGGGAAGGUCUGAGUCGUCAGCAUGUUUUGACGCGGAUCGGCGUGAUGUCCCUCAUCAGGAAGAAAGUUCAUGAGUUCGAAGGGAUCAAUGGCAAACAUUCUAUGCCACAUUUGGUCGAGAAGCUUAAGGAGACCUUGAAGAAAGAGCGAGAGAAAAAAGAGGAAGAGAGUGUAGGUGAUGGAACCACGGCAACCAACACGCCCCAAUCCGGCACGCCCGCCAGUUCAGCGCGAGCCAGUCCAACUCCACCCAAAGAGACUGGAGACGCUGACAAAAAGGAAGACAAGUCCGAGAAGACAGAAGCCGCGGACAAGUCCGAAAAGACCGAAAAGAAAGAUGAGGGCAAAGAGGAGAAAGAAGUCAAAGCAGAAGAUGACAAGUCCCCCACCGAAGACUUGGAAGCGAAGAAAAGCCCCGAAAAAGAGAAUGGGAAAGAGAAGAUGGAAGUUGAUGCCGAUGAGGCUAAAAGCAAGACAGAUGCCACCGAAAAUGGAGACAAGGAACACCCCAAGGAUGCCGACAAAGCCGUAUCGGAAGAGGAUGUCAAAAAGAACGGCGAGGUCAAGAAAGAAGAGGAGGAAGCGCCGGCCACUAAAGACGAAUCGGCCAACAGCGCCUCAACCAAGGAAGACGACAAGAAGCCUCAUCCGUUCAUGUUCAACAUUGCUGACGGUGGCUUCACCGAGCUCCACACCCUCUGGCAGAACGAAGAGCGUGCUGCUGUGCCCGGUCGAGAAUUUGAGAUCUGGCAUCGUCGUCACGACUAUUGGCUUCUCGCGGGGAUUGUCACUCACGGUUAUGGCCGGUGGCAAGAUAUUCAAAAUGAUGUGCGCUUCGCCAUCAUCAAUGAGCCCUUCAAAAUGGAUGUGGGCAAGGGCAACUUCUUGGAGAUCAAGAACAAAUUCCUGGCUCGCCGCUUCAAGCUCUUGGAGCAAGCCCUGGUCAUCGAGGAGCAACUCCGACGAGCUGCCUAUUUGAACCUGACCCAGGAUGCCAACCAUCCGGCCAUGGCACUCAACACGCGUUUCACGGAGGUGGAGUGUCUGGCGGAAUCUCAUCAACACCUUUCCAAGGAAAGUUUGGCUGGGAACAAGCCGGCUAAUGCGGUUCUGCACAAGGUUCUGAACCAAUUGGAGGAACUCCUUUCGGACAUGAAGUCGGAUGUAUCAAGAUUGCCGGCUUCUUUGGCCCGCAUUCCUCCGGUGGCUCAACGCCUUCAAAUGUCCGAGCGAUCCAUUCUAUCGCGUCUGGUCACCUCGCAAACCGGGGGUGGAGCCAACAGCAACCAGAUCACGCCCGCUGGACAAUUCCCCGAAGGAUUCCAAGCCGGACAACUGCCCGGCGCGUUUGGCACGAAUUUUGCACAAUUCCGGCCUCAGUAUUCGGUUCCUGGACAAGGCUCGGCCUUCCCAGGAACCACGCCCCCAAGUUCGGCCACUGCCACGGUUGAAAGCAAGAAAUAAGUUAGUGCAUCGUGCGAUGGGA